AACAUCUAUCGAUGUUUUGUCAGUAGCAACGGUUAGCAACGAGCUCCGACGACGCUUCACUUCAAAGAGAUAAUGCAGGUAUUUAAACUAUACGUCGUGACAGCUACAUAUGUUAAUAAAAUCAUAAGUGAAAUAAUACUUUGAUUUAAUAUUAAAACAAUCUAAUUUUUAAUUAGAUUACAAAAAGAAUAUCGUCAGGUUAAGAUAAUUUAAAAAUACCAUUGCAAUGCGUCCUGAUUCUCGUAGCGUCUCGUUCACGUUCCAUCGUGAAGUAUUAAGUGUACGAAAUUCACCAGAAUUGAUACGUACUUCUAAAAACUUUAGACAACGUCUUCAAGAUCGUUUUGAUAAAGAAAAAUCUAAUGAGUCUUCCAAACAGAAAACUUCGUCAACAAAAGAGAAAGAUGUUACUGAACGUGGUUGGAAUAAUUUGAGUCUUGGAAAUGUGUCUGCUGAUUCUAGACGAGCAUUACGAAAUGGUGCUGAAAGAUUAUCCAAAACCAUAUCAACUGUUAGAACAACGUUUGGUACUAUUUCACAGAAAUUUCGAAGCUCAACGCGAAGACGUCAAAGAUUGGAAGAACAACAAUCUCCUGGAAAUUAUAAAACGCAAACACCUCAGUCACGUUCUCGCCAAUUAUUAGGACGUACUCCAACUAAAUUAUAUAGUCCUUUUGGUAUAGAAUCUCCUAAACGUGGUUGGAAUAAAGAGAAUGACGUAACAACGGUACCAGAAACACCAGAAAAUCAUUCACGUCAAAUACAAUGCAGACCAUUCCGUUUUGUAAGAGCAAGAGGAUUUUCUGUACUGAGAUAAAGAAUUAUUUUCUUUAAAGGGCAAUCAUGUUUUAACAAUUUCUUGCCAUUAAGAAAGAAAUAUGUCAAAAAAACAAAAAAA